AAACAUGCACACAGGCUAUGCUCUUGCCAUACGCUUGACAGACAAUGCUGUUUUUUUUUUUUUUUUUUACCAUAUUUUAUUAGACAGUUAAGGCUUUUAUCUUUUAAUCAAUUUAUUAUUUAACAUUGUAAAUGAAUACCUCAGAGCCAUACUGCUACACCCAAGCCUAAGAAGACGGAUAGCUUCAAUGUGGAACCAUCUAUGUUGCAAUACAUCAAAUUAUAUUGUGGAGGAAUAUGACUCUGACCAGGGGAUCUUUCACCUAUGCCAGUGGAGAAGAGUAUCAUGGGGAGUGGAAGGAAGGUCGGCGACAUGGUGUGGGCCAACUCAAGUUCCAGGAUGGGACGUGCUUCAAAGGCCAGUUUGAGAAUGGCCUAUUCCAUGGCACUGGGUCUUUAAUCUUCACAGACGGAUCCAGAUAUGAAGGUGAAUUUGCACAUGGAAAGUUUCAGGGCUUGGGUGUUUUUAGUCGCUAUGACGGCAUGAAGUUUGAAGGAGAAUUCAAAGAAGGCCGAGUUGAGGGUUAUGGUUUGUUAACCUUUCCUGACGGGGCUCACGGUGUUCCCAGAAAUGAGGGUCUGUUUCAAAACCACAGGCUACAGAAGAGAGAGAAGUGUUCAGGGGUGGUGCAGCGGGCCCAGGCUGCUGCCGCUAGUGCUCGCACUCUGACCCUCUGACAAGAACCAUCACCACCCAAGCUGCUGAAUAUAGGGCUUACCAGACAUGGACCUACUUUUACUUUCUCUUCACAUUUUCUAAUAUUUUAUACUACAAAUGCCUUGUUAAGCCUCUGCAGUGUCUUGCAAUGCAUACAUUUAUAGAUCAACCAAAUUAUUUCUGCACAAAACUAUUCCUACUAUAAGCACAUCAACAGGCAUUUGUGUUGUGUUUGUGUGUGCAAGAGUUUUUGUCUUGCUUUGUUCUGCAAGAGGUUUUAACCAUUUCCAUUUUCAUGCAUAGUGGUAGUACUCUGCAUACUACUACCGUAAGGAAAUGUGUUUUGUCACUUGCAUUUGGAUUCAGUGUUCACAAAUGCCUUAAAGUCAUUUUGUGCAUGGAAAUAUAGGUCAAGGGUGCCUAGUUGAAAAUCAGAUGAUGUACAGUGGCUUCUUGUUUCCCUCUGCAUCAUCUCCCCUAAAGUGACUGUCAUCCUAAUGAAAUUCAAGUCUGAAGAAUGUCUUGUUUAGCUGGUGUUUUGUUGGUUUUAGCUAAAUCCCCCAUUCUGCUAAGUAGGGCAUUUGCUGAUUGGUUAACUUGUUAAACCUAAAAUAAAAUAUAAAAAAAGAUCCCAUUAUGGUUGAUAAAAAUGUACUUAUUUGGUUUGGUAAAUUAAAAGGACAAACAAGAUGGCAGCUAGGCACAAAUAAAAAGUGUACCACUUUGUAAAAAACACUGAAAAAAGAGUGAAUAAUCUCAUGAAUGUACUGAUUUCAGUGUAAUUAUUAUGACUUUGUUCUACAGUGAAAAAAUCAUAUACAUGUAAGUGCAUUUUGUGCUCUCACUUUGUAAGUAGCACCUGGAUUUAGUUCUCAACAGAAAUCACUCUUUUUUCCAAGCAUGGCAUUGUUGAAAAGAGUCAGCUGGCUUGUGAAUACUGUAUUUAUUUGUUAUCCUAAAUUAAAGAAUAUAUGACUUGUUAUACUUGAAGCUAUCAGGCCUUAUACACAUUUUUGUACAUGAAUCUUGUCUAGGGUUGAAAGCAUUUUGCAACCAAAGACCAUAUCAUUUUGUG